GAAGGAAGAGGAUCCUGCUGCAGAUGGAGACCCGGAGAGCAGAACACAACUCCACUCUCGGAGGGUGACUGGCUGACACUGCCGAGUCUUUCCUGCAGGAAAAAACAAAACAAACAAUCAUCAUUUUCCUUCGGUUCCACCUGCUGAUCCAGCCCGUGAUGACUUCGCUGAAUCUGGGGCAGGUCACUGUGAGGGCCCUCGUUGGUGUGUGUGUGUGUGUGUGUGUGUGUGUGCACGAAAUAGCCGACGUGAUUAACCCGUCCUGAUUGGACUGUUGAAUUCAUGAACAGCCUUUGUUGUUCCUUUGAUUUGAUCCCAGAGCCCUUUCCUCGUUGCUGGGAUCCCCACUGACCAUGGCAAUACAUUUGACUGACCUGCAGAUGAACAAGCGCUGAGCGCCGUGCUGUAGCUACCGCAGCAACUGUUUUCACUGGAGUUUGGGGGGCGUUAUUUUUACGCGUGAGACUUACGAUGUGUGGUGGCUGUAUAAAUAUAGGUCACCUUGGCAUGACCUCCAGCUCCCUUUGAAGGAGAGACAGUCUUGGUGACACCUAGGAAGGACAAUGUUCUUCUUUGCUUCUUCUGCUCCUGGCCAUCCUGGAGGCAAGUCUGGAAUCAUCCAACGACAAUUGCGAAUGAUUCGAAGAAAACAAACUAUAAUACGGCCAUUCAGUCGGCUGGUGUGCAGAGACUUCCGUUAUAUAGAAUGAAUUGGUAUCAACCAUCGUAAACGUGAACAUUUUUUAAUCUGACUGAGCCAUGAGAGAAUCCUCGUGUCUGGAGUGAAUUUGUCCGAAUGAUCUGCUCUGAAAAGUGUCGGAGGACAAUCAUAAAUGUGAAACAUGUUCAAUAUUUACAUCCAAAAAUCUUUGAGUGCUGGGAGACCUGAUGGUUCCUGACCUCCAAUCGAGAAGGAAGCAAAGACAAUAAAAUAAAAGUCUUUGAUCUCCAGAAGAAAAUCCACUGCCCUCCCCAUGGGCUCCAUCCCUUCCACUGUCCAGGCCUCCUAUGAUGGUUCUUUUUGGAUAUGUUCAUUGACACGUCCUCUUUGUGUUUUAUCCUUGUUGUGAUGCUUUCACUCUUUCAACACAUGUGAGUUUUCUAGCUUGGAGGACAAACGUUUUGAUCAGAAUCUUUGUGUGUGUGGUGCAUCUGGGAUGAGAUUAUCAGGGCGCACCACAGACACCACGAUCCACAGCAUUUUUUUUUUUUUUUUUUUGCUGUUUGACAAGGUGCAUUGUCCUGCAUGAAACUUGCUGACUCCAUGUUACUGCUUUUUUUUCGUGAGCCACCGCAAAGGCUGAUGAAGCUUGGAGCGUAGUUUAGAAGAAGAAAUGUGUUGCUAAAGGAUAAUUCGCAACUUGAACAAGAGUGUGCUGUGUUUUAUCGUGUUUAGACAUAUGUCUGUGUCAUUAAAAUAGUGUUGUGCAACCCCACCACAACACCAGCUAGACUUACUUCAUGCCUGGAUUGUUCAGUGACUCAGGUGUGUGUGUGUGUCCCUGCAGGUGUCCAGCAGCUGCUGGUGGUGAAAGAAGAAGAAGAUGCUACUGAGCAGCAGGAGUGCAGCUCCAGUCUGGAUCAGGAGGGACAAGAACCUCCUCUCAUUAAAGAAGAACCAGAAGAAGAAGAUCUAGACCAAAUCAAAGAAGAGGCCACCCAGUUCUCCCUCACUCCUGUCCAGGUGAAGAGUGAAGAUGAUGGAGCAACCAGCAGCUGGACUCAACACAUGAAGACAGAAGCUGAUGGAGACACCUGUGGAGGAGCAGAAGCAGCCAGUGACUUGGAUACACCUCUGCUCCCUGACCACCAGAGGUCGCCUUGUUCUGACUCUGACACUGAUGACAGUGAGGACUGGAGAGACACCAGUGACACUCAGUCAGUCCACACUGGAGAAAAACGUUUCAUAUGCUCCCACUGUGGUAAAGGUUUCACGCAGAACCAUUACCUGACGAAACACAUGAGAAGCCACACUGGAGAAAAACCUUUCAAAUGCUCUCAGUGUGGAAAAUGUUUUUCACAGAGCGGGCACCUUAGUGUUCACCUGAGGAUUCAUACUGGAGAAAAUCCUUUUGUCUGCACUCAGUGUGGUAAAGGUUUUAAGUUGAACCAGAAUCUGAAGAUUCACAUGAGAAGUCACACUGGAGAAAAACCCUUCAGAUGCUCUCAUUGUGAUAAAUGUUUUUCACAGAGCUCAAAUCUUAGCACUCACCUGAGAACUCACACUGGAGAAAAUCUCUUUGUCUGCUCACAGUGUGGUAAAGGCUUUGCCCGCAGCCAUUACCUGGACAGACACAUGAGAAGUCACACUGGCGAAAAACCCUUCAGAUGCUCUCAUUGUGAUAAAUGUUUCUCACACAGCGGGGGUCUUAGUAUUCACAUGAGAAGUCAUACGGGAGAAAAACCUUUCAAAUGCUCUCACUGUGAUAAGUGUUUUUCACAGAGCUCAAAUCUUAGUACUCACCUGAAACUUCAUAGUGGAGAAAAUCCUUUCGUCUGCUCAGAGUGUGGUAAAGGUUUUGCCCGCGGCCAUUACCUGGAGAGACACAUGAGAAGUCACACUGGAGAAAAACCUUUCCUAUGUCCUCAGUGUGGUAAAUCGUUUUCACAGAACUCUAAUCUUAAUAUUCACAUGAGAAUUCACACUGGAGAAAAACCUUUCAGAUGCUCUCACUGUGGUAAAUGUUUUUCACAGAGCACCAACCUCAGUACUCAUCUGAAACUUCAUAGUGGAGAAAAUCCUUUCGUCUGCUCCCAGUGUGGUCAAGGUUUUCCACGGAACCACUGUCUGAAGAGACACAUGAGGAGUCACACUGGAGAUAACCCUUUCAGAUGCUCACACUGCGGUAAAGGCUUUUCACAUCGGGGGAACCUGAACACUCAUCUGAGAAGUCACACUGGAGUCCGUCUGUUCCGAUGCACCCAGUGUGGUAAAGGUUUUAUGCGGAACCAUUCCCUGAAGAAACACUUGAAAAGUCACGCUGCAGAUUAACCUUCGUCCUGCUCUCACUGUGGCAACAGAGAGAAAAUCUUUCGUCUUCUCUCAGUGACUUCACAGUUAUGAAAGUCAUGUCAUAUCCUCAGUCCAGCAAUGGGCCACAAUUUCAUGGCUGUCAUAGUCAGAAGGUUCUGCCUAGAUGUACUCGCUGCAUCUGUAUAUUCAAAAUAUGUGCUUGCGUGAUGUGUUACCCUCUUUGUGAUCAGUUUGGCCUGUGAGGUGAAAAGCCUUGAUGUCAGGAUGCCCCUCCAUGCGGCCCACAAAGGAUGUGGGAUUGAUGACGUAUCUCUCUCUCUCUCUCAGCAAACACACUGCGGACCGUUUGACUGACAUGAGCGGGUGCACUAGAGGAUUGGUGGAGCUGUUUCAGUGACCCGUCCUGGAUCUGAACUGGAUGUCAGAAUCUGUUCAUCUUUUCACUGCAGCUGCUGUCGCUGAAGUGAAUACUGUGAUUCUGCCACGUACUGAAACACCAAUAAACUCCGGAACUGCAAACUGUAUGGCGUCGAUGACAAGAAUGAGGACAAACAUAUGAGCUGAGGCAGGAAGAGAGCAACUCCAGUGGUGACGCUCCUCAGCCGGGACUGUGUGUGGGGUCACAUGAGCUCAUUCUAACUUGCAUUGUAGUGCAGCAAUAACGACUCACAAAGACCAAUUCGAUCUGAUGCUGUGAAGGCUUUGGUGAUGUUGUUUGCCAUCCAUCGAAAUCGGAAGAGACCCACAAGCACGACUCAUGCCCCGCGCUGAUAGUUUUCAGCAGCGUUUUAUGCGAGGCAAACCUAAACUUGUGGUAACUUUGAAGUGACCAACAUUUAAAGUGUGAUCUUGACGCAAGGCUCCUCGUGUGGGGGAUUUGACUACUGAAGAGGCAGAGCUGGAUCUGGGGGCCUCUUUCACACCGGAAGAAGUCAAGAUGAUGUCUUACAUUGUUGAAAUCGUGUGUGCAACUAUGGGGCGCCAAAUGUACAAAUGAAGACACACGUUUUUUUUAGCAGAAAUCUUUGGCUAUAUUCUCACAGAUUUUGUUACAAUUUGAGACAAUACACUGUAAUGUUACGUCCCAGUGUUUAAUCUCUGUAAGUGUUCAAACUAAAUUCUAAAUCUGAAUCUUAGAUCAAAAUCUAUAUAAUAAAGCAAAAUUCUAUCUUAUGUUCAUCUUAAAUCUAAAUCUAAAAUCUCAGUUUGCAGGAUUGAGGCGCUCCCUUCUGCUCCUCUGACCAUCAGGCUCGCAGGUGAAAGUCUGUCAGUUUGCAUUUGCUUUUAACGCGUACAGAGAUGAAACAAUGGGAUGUAACCUUAAAGUGUAGUGUCAGCAGACUGCAACUCAUUCCGAACUCAACAGUUCACACCGUUGCUCAACCUCACCUCCUCCAUGCCAUGUGUUCCUCCUCAGCGGUUCAACACCCAGACUCUGGAAAUCUGAAGGCUCCAUCACUACACACACAUAUAAACCCACCUUUUGGAGCCUGCAUGCUCAUGUUCCUGUUCUUCGUCGAUCCCACAUUUGGUGCAUCUAUCUGCGUCUGUUCUUGAAAGGGGACCUCAAAUAUAAUGUAUUAUUUAUAGUACCGUCUACUGCAGUUUCUCUUUAGUAAAUGAAAAAGUAACUCGGCAACAACCCAAGACAAUGUUUUGUAUGUCGAUGCUGUUUAUAAGAUUGUUUUUUCUGCAAAUAAAUCAAAGAAAAGAACUAAAAAUCCUACUAUCCUCCUAUGUCAUUAGCAGAUGCCUGACCUAAGUAAAC